GUCCAAUGGAAGCCGUGUUGCAGGAGAUAAGACAAUCAACUUUUCUGUUGCCUUGGAAAAUAAAGCCAGGAAAUGUAGCCUCAUCUGCCCAUGAUGUCGGGAGGACAGAACCAUGGAAACUCUCCUCUGGCUUCCUUCUUAGCGUGUGCCAUUCCAACCACUACCACCAUCUCCAAAGAAUUCCUGGUGCUGGGCUUUCCUCAUAUUACUCAAGAACUGUGUGGGUGAUGAUAGCAUUUGAAGACCUGGCUGUUUACUUUACCUGGGAGGAAUGGCAGAACAUGAACAAAGCUCAGAAAAUCCUGUACAGGGAAGUGAUGCUGGAGACCUACAGCAGCCUACUCUUCUUGGGACACUGCAUUACCAAACCUGAUUUGAUCUUUAAGUUGGAGCAAGGAGCAGAGCCAUGGAUGGUGAGCGAAUUCCUAAAUCAGAACCUUCCAGUUGCCAUGAAAAGUGAUGACAUUAUUAGGAUCAACCAGGAAAUUCGAGAAAAAAAUUUUAAGCAGAAUGUUAUUACAAAUAAUAAGACAUCAACUCCCAAAAGAGUUGAAUUAAAUAAAAGACUUAAUUUAAAUUCAAGUCAUGUUUCAAAACUGAUUAUCAAAAGAAGAAAUGAUUCAUCAAUGAAACCUGAGGAAUGCAAUGUGUGUCACAAUGUGUAUCCCCAUGGUGGAGCUGAUGAGCUGCAAGCUGGAGAGAAAGUUGGUGCCACUAAGGUAUCUGGGAACUCUGCCCAAUGCUGUGAGCCUCUUAGUGAGUAUCAUAAGAUUCAGACUGUGAAGCCUUCAUUUGAACAUAGUGGACAAGGGAAAGACUUCAAAAGGAAGAAGAUAUUCUUUAGAUUUGGCACGGUCCAUAUGGGAGACCCCUGUAAUAAGUCAACUGUCACUGUUGGAAAGACAACUCAAAUAGAAAAAACUCUUCAUAAAAAUACUAACCUCAGUAAGCAUCAACAAAUCAACACAGGAGAGAAAUUCUAUGGAGAUAUGGGAUAUGUGGAACCUCUUCUUUACAAAUCAGAUCUUUUAAUAAAUCAGAGACAAUAUAUACAGGAAAAACCCUAUGCAUGUAAGCCUUGUGGAAAAUCCUUCAGGUGUAAGUCCUGCCAUACCAUCAUUCACAGUACUUCCUUACAGGAAAACUCGCAUGAGUGUAAUGAAUGUGGAAAAGCCUUAUACCCGAGGUUAGAUAUUAUUAGACAUCAGGAAAUUCACACAGAGGACAAACCUAAUGAAUGUAAAGACUGUGGGAAAGCCUUUGGCAAGAAGUCACAACUCAUAAUCCAUCAGAGAAUUCACACAGGAGAGAAACCUUAUGAGUGCAAUGGCUGUGGGAAAGCCUUCGGCUAUAAGUCACAACUCAAAACCCAUCAGAGAAUUCACACAGGGGAGAAACCUUAUGAAUGUAAUGACUGUGGCAAAGCAUUUGGCUCUAAGUCACAACUCAUAACCCAUCAGAGAACUCACACAGGGGAAAAACCUUAUGAAUGUAAUGAAUGUGGAAAAGCUUUUGGCAAGAAGUCGCAUCUCAUAAUGCAUCACAGAAUUCACACAGGGGAGAAACCUUAUGAAUGUAAUGACUGUGGAAAAACCUUUGGCUACAAGUCACAACUCAAAAUCCAUCAGAGAAUUCACACAGGGGAGAAACCUUAUGAAUGUAAUGACUGUGGAAAAACCUUUGGCUACAAGUCACAACUCAAUAUUCAUCAGAGAAUUCACACAGGAAAGAAACCUUAUGAAUGUAAUGACUGUGGAAAAACCUUCAUCUGUAAGUCACAACUCAUAAUCCAUCAGAGAAUUCACACAGGAGAGAAACCUUAUGAGUGCAAUGGCUGUGGAAAAGCCUUUAGACGAAAGUCACAACUCAUAAUCCAUCAGAGAAUUCACACAGGAGAGAAACCUUAUGAGUGCAAUGGCUGUGGAAAAGCCUUUGGACGAAAGUCACAACUCAUAAUCCAUCAGAGAAUUCACACAGGGGAGAAACCUUAUGAGUGCAAUGGCUGUGGAAAAGCCUUUGGCUAUAAGUCACAACUCAAAAUCCAUCAGAGAAUUCACACAGGGGAGAAACUUUAUGAAUGUAGUGACUGUGGAAAAGACUUCAUCUUUAAGUCACAACUCACAAUCCAUCAGAGAAUUCACACAGGGGAGAAACCUUAUGAAUGUAAUCAAUGUGGGAAAGCCUAUGGCAAGAAGUCACAUCUCAUAAUGCAUCACAGAAUUCACACAGGGGAGAAACCUUAUGAAUGUAAUGCCUGUGGGAAAGCCUUUGGCUACAAGUCACAACUCAAUAUCCAUCAUAGAAUUCACACAGGAGAGAAACCUUAUGACUGUAGUGCCUGUGGAAAAGCCUUUGGCUAUAAGUCACAACUCAAAAUCCAUCAGAGAAUUCACACAGGGGAGAAACCUUAUGAAUGUAAUGACUGUGGAAAAGCCUUCAGCUAUAAUUCACAACUCAAAAUUCAUCAGAGAAUUCACACAGGAGAGAAACCUUAUGAGUGAAAUGAUUGUGGGAAAACCUUUGGCCAGAAGUCACAACUCAUAAUGCAUCAGAGAAUUCACACAGGAGUGUAACCUCAUGAAUGUAAUUACUACAGAAAAGCUUUUUGCUGUAAAUCACAACUCAUAACACAUGAAAGCUUCUUUAGUAAGGCUGGGUGAAUGUUGACAAAUUCAGUUUCUUUUUGUUAUCAUAGGUCUUUCUUUCACAUUCAACAUAAAUGAGUACUUUGCAGGGUAUAGUAUUCUCAUAUACUAUA